CUUGUGCUGAAAACAAAUAACUUUGAGCUUCACUCAAAAAUAGACAAACACAAGCUUUUGUUUUUUUUCUGUUUUCACUUUAAAGCUCAGUCAGAUCUAAUCAGAUCUCACCAACAAUGCUCAAUGCCAACAUUCUCCCCGGCCUUUUCCUCAUCUUUCUCCUCUUCACUCUCUCCUCCGGGCUGACCCCUCCGGCACCAGAACCAGAGGCCGCCGAUGGACCUUCUUCUCCGACGAACUGUCUAGUAAGUAUGCUAAACGUAUCAGACUGUCUCUCGUACGUUCAGGUGGGGAGCACCGAGACUACGCCAGAAGCUGCUUGUUGCCCGGAGCUUGCUUGGAUGGCUCAAAGCUCUCCUGAGUGCGUCUGUAAUCUGCUGGGCGGCGGCGCAUCACCACGUUUCGGAGUCAAGCUUGAUAAGCUGAGAGCUGAGGAACUUUCUUCAAUUUGCGGUGUGAAAGCUCCGUCGCCUAGUUUGUGUUCAGGCCCUUCGUCUUAUUGCUCAAGUCAAAGUAUUAUCUUUUCUCUCCUUGGACAAUGGUUCUUCGUUUCUCUCCCCUUAGGCAUCUUCUCUGUGGAAAACACACCACCACAACGUAGCGUGUAUCAGUGGGGAUCAACUCUCUUUUUCUCUCUUAAGCGGCUGCAGCCUUUUUUUUUUCUUUUAAGGGUGAACGAAAGUGUGCAUACGGAUAUAUAAACACAUAUGCCUCUGUUUUAGGGUUUUUAGGGAUAAUGGAUUUUAUUUGGGCUUUAAAGAUUAAGAUAUAAUUUGUUUUACUGCCAUAAAUUUAUAAAGUCUCUUGAUU